CGGGCCCAUUUGUUUGAGCCAAAACAAGAGGAAAAAAAAAGGGGGGGCUGAGGAAAAUAAAUUUCUAGAGAAGAAGGAAGAAAUGGCCGGGAGUUUCUUUACCUCCGUCGCGGUGAACCUGGUCUCGAAAAUCGGUGGGUACCUGUUUGCUCCCAUUGGGCGUCAAUUUGGGUACGUGCUAUGCUACAAGAGCUACGUCGAAGAUCUCCAAACCGCAGUCGAGGAGCUGGAGGGUGCGAGAGAAAGUGUGCAGCAGUCCGUCGAUCAAGCCAGGCGCAACGUAAACCCAAUACGCCCUUAUGUUGAGGAUUGGCUGGGGAAAGCAAUGAAGGAGGCUGAGGAAGCACAACAAAUGUUAGAACGUGGCAAGACUGCAAAGAAUGCUUGCUUCCGCGGGUGGAUUCCCAAUCCAUUGGUGCGCCAUCGAAUAGGCAGACAGGUGAGGGAGGCAACUGAAUUCAUUCGGGUACUCCGUGAGAAAGCCCGAAAUAGCGACUUCAAGAAAGUCUACGAUGAGAAUAUUCCACCAGGAAUUGUCAUUGAUCCCCCGAUUCCAGUUACAAGAGAUGCCUUGGAGUCGAGGGCUUUGAUCGCGGAUGAUGUAAUGAAGGCUUUAGCUGAUGACAAGGUCCAUGUGAUUGGGGUGCAUGGAGUAGGUGGGGUUGGCAAGUCCAAGCUUUUGGCGGACAUAAAAAAUAGAGUUAAGGGAGAGAAGCUGUUCGAUGAGGUUGCCAUGGUAGAUGUAUUACGCAAUCCAGAUCCAAAAAGAAUUCAGGGAGAAAUCGCUGACUCUCUCGGCCUGAACCUAAUGAAUAUGGAAACUACUCGUGGGAGAGAACUUUUGCAUCAGAGGUUGACGGGAUUAAAGGGGUAUCCUAAGAAAAAAAUUCUCAUCCUUUUAGAUAAUUUGUGGAAGAAGCUAGAGUUGGAGGAAGUUGGAAUACCUUGCGGAGAUGAUAAUAAAGUAAGGGGCUGCAAGCUAUUGCUAACGUCAAGACGCCCAGAUGUUUUGCGGGACGACAUGGACUCCGACCGAUUAUGCGAACUCAAAGUGUUAGAGUAUGGUGAAGCACGAAGACUUUUUGAAAGUUUAGUGGGGAACAGAGUUGACGAUCCUGAUUUUGCACCCUUCGUAGAGGGAGUGGUUAGGAAUUGUAAAGGCUUGCCACUUUGGAUUGUUUCGUUGGCAAAAACGUUGAAGCACAGAGAUUUAACUGCGUGGAGGAGUGCUUGGACCAAUAUAGGUGGGUCGGUUGAGAAAUUAAUAGUGGAACUAAAUUACAAUGACUUAAAAGAGAAGAGGAUCAAAUCAGUGUUCUUGGUUUGUUCUCUACUCUCUGGGUUAAUUUCGUUGAGGGAUUGCCUUGUCUAUUGCUUGGGUUUGGGUUUAUAUGAAGAAUUAUGGAAGACCAUCGAAAACGCUAGAGAUAAGUUGAGUACGGAUCUGCAUAGCCUGAAGGACUCUUCCUUGUUAGAAGAUAACGAUGACAAGAAAUGGUUCAGAAUGCACGAUGUCAUUGUUGACGAGGCCAUCUCUAUUGCUUCCAAGGAGUGGGACGCCUUGGUCGGGAGGGAGGGUGAAGCGUUUAAAAAAUGGUCAAAGGAUGAGCUCAGAAAAUGCACAGCGAUGUCCUUGCGUCGGGUUGGCAUUGCUGAGCUUCCUGAAAAAUUGGACUGCCCAAACUUGAAUAUACUUCUAUUAACCGAACACAAUCCGUCUCUCAAAAUUCCCCCAUCAUUUUUUGAAUCUAUGAAGAAGCUCCAAGUCUUGGAUAUUACUGGCUUAUCUUUCACCUCUCUACCUUCGUCGAUUGAGUUCCUUGAAAACCUCAAGUCCCUAUGUCUUGAUGACUGCCAUCUAGAGGAUGUGACUGUUCUUGGAAAGCUGAAAGGAUUGCACUCCCUAAGUUUCUCAAACUCUACAAUCGCUGGGCUUCCCAGAGGAAUAGAUAGAUUAACGGAAUUGAGAUUUUUGGACUUGAGAGGGUGUAAAGGGCUCAAAGUUAUCGAACCUGGGGUGCUUGGAAGCUUGGUUAAUUUAGAAGAACUGUAUAUUGACAGCUUUGAUCAGUGGCAGGCCGAGGAUGAUGCGCUGCGAAGCAACGCCACCCUGGCUGAGUUGAAGAACAUGAAAAAGUUGAAAACUCUCUACAUUACUAUUCCUCAUUCCACCACUCUCUCAAGCGACCUCCCAUUUGGAAAUCUGAACGAGUAUAAAAUACAAAUUGGGGGCACUGAGGGUUGGUGGGGUAGAUACGAAGUGUCCAGAACGUUGAAGAUCAAGCUUGAUUCCGGUAAUCUUCUCCGUGAAGUGUGUAUGCAGGAAUGUUUGGGGAGAACGCAAGAUCUCCGCUUGGAUGGAUUACAAGACGGCGGAGAUAGCAUUCACAACUUGUGCACCGAAGGUUUUCACGAAUUGAAGCAUCUUCACGUAAAAGAUAACCGCUCAUUUCAGUAUGUUGUUGACUCCACAAAUUGCUUGGCAUUUACGAGAUUGGAAUCGUUGGUUCUCGAGAAUUUGAACAAGUUAGAGAAGAUUUGUCACGAUUGUCUUGAAGCUAGUGAGGAUGUCGAGAUUCUAUCGGUGUUGAAGGUGCACAAUUGUGAGAAGUUGAGGUUUCUUUUUUCUUCUUCCAUGGCCAAAACACUGCAGCAAAUUAGAGAAAUAGAAAUAGUGAAUUGUGAGCUGUUGGAGGAAAUUAUAGAUGUGGAAGAAGAAUCAGAAGAAGUUGCAUCCAUCGACACUUCGGAGUUUUCUCAGUUAACCUCUUUAUCUCUUGAAGAAUUGCCAAAUCUCAGGACAUUCGCUUAUGGGAUGUAUCGUAUUUACUGCUCAAUCUUAACAAGAUUGAGGAUAUCUGAAUGCCCUAAAAUGACGACAUUCUCUUCAUUUAAAGGAAAGCAACAAUCGAUAGCAGUUGAUACAGGUUUACAACAACCAUUUGGUGGUGUCAACUCUAGCUUGUCCUUGCCUAUACUCUUCGAUCGAAAAGAAAGGCAAAAACGUCUCGUCUCGUUAAAAUUAAAAGAAGUGAAGUUGUGGGACCCGCCGAGGCUGAAUGCGUUGGUGCCAAGCAGCACCAAAGCAAUGUUAGGUCUUUCUAGUUUGACUAAUGUUAGCUUGCGCUAUUGCCACGAUUUGAGAUUUCUCUUCACAAAUGACACAUGUGGGACUCUUGAUAAACUGGAGAAGCUAGAAGUUUCUGGUUGCAAUAACAUGCGGGAAGUAAUCACCACGGAAGAAAGUGAAGGGAGAAAGUUGAAGCCAGUGAAGUUCUCUCAUUUACGUACAUUGAAGCUGUGUUCCCUUAAAAGCUUGAUUAGUUUCUGCUCGGGAAGUUGUGCAUAUGAGUUUCCCUCCCUUAGAAAGCUCUCAAUUUUGGAGUGCACCGAAGUGAAGGCGUUCAUACCGAGGAUGCCGGCACCAAGAGUGGAGACGAUGAAUCGGGGAUCCGCCGGUUUUGAUGAAAGUCUACAUUCUUUAUUUGUCGAGAAGCUACGUCUAACAGGAAUUCAAUCCAGACAACUUUGGGAGAAUGAGAUGCCCAAUGAGUCCAUUUGUCGAUUGAAGGUCCUUGAGGUGAAGCAGUGUCCCAACCUAUUGAAUGUCAUUCCAGCAUUUAUGUGGAAGAGGCCACUUCACCGCAUGGAGUUCUUGACGGUUGAGGAGUGCCCACGCUCGAGAAACCUUUUAACAAUCUCUAUGGCAAAGAGUCCGGUACAACUCCAGCAUCUUAUUCUAGGUGGCUGUGGAGAGAUGGAGUACAUUAUUGCCGGAGAAGAGGAGAAACCUGAAGAAGCAAUUGAUAUAAUUGAAAUUCCUCAACUUGUGAUUAUAGGAGAUGCCGGUUGUAGAAGACUGGAGGGCGGCGUUCCAACGCAACAGCCACUUUUGCUAGUCGAAAAGGUUGAGUUUCCUAGUAUGGAGUCGAUGAAGAUCUCGCACAUGGAUAACGUGGAGAAGAUAUGGCUUGGUGAGCUUGCUUCAAAUGCCUUUACCAAGCUCAAGACACUAGUAGUUGAGUAUUGUGAGAAACUUUCAACCAUAUUUUCAUCUCAUAUUGAUCUCACGAGAUUUCAAAACUUAGAGAAGAUAACUAUGACCGAUUGUGGGUCCUUAGAAGUGGUGUUUCAUGUCCAAGAGGUCAAUUUUAGCAAAGCUUAUUGUACAAGCACUUUUGAAUUGAGAGAAUUAGUUUUGACACGGCUCCCAAAAUUGAAGCACGUGUGGAGUGGACUUCCUCAAGGAGGUCUUACCUUUGGACGCUUACGUAGCAUGGAGGUUAUUGGGUGUGUGAGUCUCAAAACCUUAUUUCCAAUUUCAAUAGCAAAAAGUUUGACAUGGCUCGAAGAACUUUUAGUAGAGGAUUGUGGGGUGGAGGAAAUUAUCAUGGAAGAUGGAGUAGAGAGGAGUGCGGGUGAUGUGUUCUUUCCGGGAUUGAUCAAGUUGAAGUUACUUGAGUUGCCGGAACUAAGGCGCUUCUACCGGAAUAGUCAUACUUCAACAUGGCCAUUCUUGAAAGAAUUGGGAGUGAGACACUGCAGCAAGAUGAGGUCAUUCUCAUUCGAUAGCGAAUUCCAAAGCUACCAUGGUACAACUACCAGCGAGAAUCAACCUGCACUCUUUUGUUUUGAAAAGAUAUUGAGAUUAGCGAGGGAGGAUGUUGUGAUGAUACCGCAGCAUUACAUCUUUCGCAAUCUCGGAGGGCUGGGUUUGGGAUGCUACCACGAUGAGAAUAUCGCCUUUCCCUCCGACUUCCUUCUCCAGCGAUUUCCCAACCUGGAAGGGCUUGGUGUGGGUUGUAGCUCUUUUGAGGAGAUAUUUCCGGAAGAUAAGUUUGGACGUGGGGGAGCUACUCUCUCUGGAAGUCCGACCGAUGUGGAAAGACCUCUCAAGGCACUUGGAAAUUUGAAGCAACUUCAACCGUAUAAGUUGUAUAACCUGAGCCGAGUUUGGAAAGAUGGCUCCUUAAUGGCUGAAAUCCUUAAACAGAUUGAAACUCUGUGGGUUUGGAAUUGCCUGAAUUUGUCAAUCGUGUUUCCAUCUCCAACUCCAUUCGAGAGAUUGAAGCAAUUAAAAGUAGAGGACUGCGCUGGUUUAGUACAUAUCGGGACUUCCUCGACCGUGACAAGUCCGGUGCACCUUACUAGGCUAAUCCUAAGAAAUUGUGGUGCAAUGGAAGACGUGGUAACAACAGAUCAUGGAAAUGGAGCAGAGGAUAUCUCUUUCCCCAAGUUGCAAGAGUUGAUACUUGAUGGUUUACCAAGCCUUGAGAGCUUCUCUCCCACGAAUUGCGCGUUCGGGUUCCCAUCAUUGGUGCGUGUUGUCUUCACGCGGUGCCCCAAGAUGAAUAUAUUCUGCAAGGGUGCCUUGAGGACACCACAACUAGACAAAGUACUCCUCUCCGACGGGGAUGAUGAAUGGCGUUGGGAGGGCGACCUCAAUACCACCAUCCAAACCUUAUCGAUGUGA